AUAGAGCUCUAGGAAGGGGGACUUCAUACCAGAACCACUGCUGUAGCUGAUGCGGCUGCAUGUUUUUGAACAGAAAGGGAGUUUUGCGCGCCGCCGCUGGAUCACAGCUUCAAGUUUUCUGAACGUGUUCAGAGUUUUUUCCUGUUCCGUCUCCUUUCACCAAUUUUUUAACUGAAGAGAGCUUCCUCUGCUAUGGUUGUUAGAGGAGCAUAACAUUUACAGCUGAUUCUUUUUUUUUCUUUCUUUUUUUUUUUCGUUUUGUUUUAUUCUCCAGAUGUUUAGAGAGACUUGGAGGCUGGCACAGUACCACACGAUGAGGUCCAUGGAUCAAGAUGACCCCAACCUUGCACCUCACAAAGUCCUCAGCCCAGAGUCUGAGCAGGCUUUCCCUCUGGAAGAGGCCUCCCCAUACGGCAUCAAGUCCUGCAGCCCGUCCUACAGUGAGCACAACACUGAGGUUCUGUCAGGAUAUGAGAACCAGGAGGCCCGGAGCUAUCUGGACAGUACCCGGCCCACAGGCCUGGCCCUGAGCCCUCGGAUCGAGAUCACCCCCUCCCGUGAGCACUACAGUCAUGGCCGGGACUCCCUGCAGAACCACCACCUGAACAUCAGCCCCAGACCCACCCUCACUGUGCCGGGCCAUGAGAACCUCGCCUACCGUGAGCCCCAGUGCCUGAGUCCGGCCAGCAGCAACUCCUCCACCAGCUGGCACUCAGAGAACUACUCCCCCUGGGCGUCUCCCUGUGUGUCCCCCAGCAGUGGGCAGAACCCCGGAGACCUGUGCCCCCGCCUGCAGAGCAUCCACACUGGCUCCCCACGCACCUCCCCGGGCACCUCUCCUCGCACCAGCCUAGCUGAGGACGGCUACCUGGGCCACCGCUCGCCCUCCCCCCGCCCAGGCUCCCGCUCCACUUCCCCGCAGGGAAAACGCACCUACGACAUGUACAGGAAUCCUGGGUUGAUCCCUGGGCACCGCUCCCGCAGCCCCUCCCCCCACGGCGUCCAUGAAGACCACAACAUUGGUGCCCACUACACACACAGUAGCCUCGUCGAUGGCAUGAAUGGUUUUGGCGCCGGUCAGCCCGGCCUGGUCCCUACUAAGAUAGUCAAGACGACCAACCAGGUUUACACUCUGUACCCAGAGAACCACGGAGACGGGAACUACUUGGUGUCCUGCGAUCAGGACAUUAAAACCAAACCUGCUGCAGAGCCUUUCUUUGUUAUCCCCCCAAUCUGGCCCAAGCCACUGGUUUCCAGCAUCUGCAGCAUCCCUGUGGCUUCUCUCCCCCCACUGGAGUGGCCGAUCCCCAGUCGCACCGACCAGUAUGAGCUCCACAUCGAGGUGCAGCCCAAACCACAUCACAGGGCUCACUAUGAAACAGAGGGGAGCAGGGGUGCAGUGAAAGCUCCCACAGGAGGACAUCCUGUUGUGCAGCUACAUGGUUACAGAGGCAAGGAGCCACUUGGCCUACAGAUUUUCAUCGGUACAGCAGACGAGCGCAUUCUCAAGCCUCAUGCCUUUUAUCAAGUCCACCGCAUCACUGGCAAGACGGUUACGACCACCAGCUUUGAGAAGAUUAUCAAUGGCACCAAAGUCCUGGAGAUCCCACUGGAGCCAAAGAACAACAUGAAAGCAAUAAUUGAUUGUGCCGGGAUCCUGAAGCUCAGGAACGCUGACAUCGAGCUGAGGAAGGGCGAGACGGACGUUGGGCGGAAAAACACCCGAGUUCGUCUUGUGUUUCGAGUGCACAUACCUCAGCCUGGCGGACAGCACGUCUCCCUCCAAGCGGCCUCGCAUCCCAUUGAGUGCUCCCAGCGUUCAGCGCAUGAACUUCCCAUGGUGGAGAAGCAGGACAUGGACAGCUGCUCCGUCCUGGGCGGCCAGCAGAUGAUCCUGACUGGGCAGAACUUCAGCUCCGACUCCAAAGUCAUUUUUCUGGAGAAAACUCAGGACGGGCAGCAAAUCUGGGAAAUGGAAGCAACAGUGGACAAAGACAAGAGCCAGCCUAGCAUGCUGUUUGUGGAGGUGCCGUCCUACCGAGAUACGUCAGUCUGCCAUUCUGUCAAAGUGAACUUCUACGUCAUCAACGGCAAGAGAAAGCGCAGCCAGCCUCAGCAUUUCACCUACACACCACUGGCAUCUCCAUCCAUUAAGACAGAGCCUAUAGAUGAGUAUGAACCAGGCCACAUGGGUUUUGCCAUGCCUCAGAUCUUGGGUUUAUCCCCUCAUUCUUACUACCAUAACCCACGCAGCGUCCUCCACCCAGACAACGGCCUGGUCUCCGGCCUGGCUUCCUGCCAGCGUCUCAGCUCCAGCCUUCCAAACCAGGACACGCGUUUACAGCAGCAGAGCCCAGCCAUCGUCUAUUCCCGUGGGGGGAAGAGUCUGAGUGGCAGCCCCGGCCUUUGGCAGAGUGGUGGGGUGAUGCCUGACCCCCACCGGUCAGUGCUGGUCCACACGGGCUCCCCAGCUCAGUCUAUAGGUUCCAUCAGCGCAGCAGGCCAACACCCAUCCAUCAUCCAGUUCUCUCCCACCAACCACCACCUGCUGCGGGCAGGAGAGCCUCAGCCCCUCACUGCUCCUCAGCCCGACAACCAGCAGAUCAUCUACUGCGACGGCUACUCCCCACAGGCAGCCGCCGCCGCCCACUCGCCCACACCCCCUCAGGCUCAGGCGGCCGUGACUCACCCGCAGCACUAUCCCACCGUGAUUCAGCAGCAGCCCUACGUACAGAAGGGGCAGCAGAAAGGCCGAGCUCCAACCGGGACCGGCCAGAUGGAGGCUCCAGGAGACGGACAGAGGCGGGUGACGGUCAAGGAGGAGAACUUGGACCAGUUCUACCUAGAUGAUGGUGAGUUGAAUGAGAUCAUAAGAAAGGAUCUGACGGGCGUUCAAGCCAGGGGGCAGACAUAGAGGAGGGACCUGACCGGGAAAUGACAACAUAUCCAGUUCACGCAGACAGACACGCAAACACACAGAGACUUCAACCUUCCACUGAGGUGACGCACUUCCACCAACAAUCAGACCUUCUCUUCCUCAUUUUCUUUACCCACAGAGAUAAAGAUUUCAGCUCCUGGUUGCUGUGUUUGCUUUGGAUGUUUUUCUGCAAUAAACAUUCGGCAAACAGAAGAUUUCAUUGACCCACAGCGUCUGCUACCAACACUCAACAGGUUUCCAAGGCUGAAGCUCAGAAACAAACAAAGAGAGAUAAAAUGGCACAGGCUGUAUAUAAAUGAUGGACGUGGCAACUUCUGAAACGUGACGUCAAUGCACAAGUGCCUUAAAGUGCAACACCAGUGAGCACCCCUAGGUGUUGAUGCCAAAAUACAUUUUCUCUGCAAGAUUUUUUUUUUGCUGAAUUUCCCCUUUCUGAGCAGGGUUUUGGCAGUCUAUGUGAAAAUGAUUCCAUAAGGCCUCAAAGUGCGUGACUUUCAGAGGGGUGGCUGGCUCGACUGACAUUUCUGGUCAGGAGUGAUCACAAAAUUUACACAGUGGAACAUUAGUCCGGUCAGUAUAGGCAGAGUGUUCUCGGACAUUCAGCUAGUCCCGUCCCUCGCUCCUGUCCAGAUCCAACCUCUCUUCUGAAUAUGAUCACUUCUUCCUCCAAAAACUCAGAAGACCCAGGAAGCAAACUCACAGCUUUGAAAUAUCAAUCCACAAAGCAAGUCACUACAUCCAUCUUUUACAUACAAUCUAAGUAAAAUGGGGGGAAAAUAAAUAAAGUCCCUCUAAAACUCCCACCUGUUUGCCUCAUAAUAGUGGAUAAUGUUACGUAGCACGCAGAAAUUUCCAGCAGGGUAUUAGUGUGACACCAAAAAGUCCUCCCAAAUACAAUCUUUAGACAUUUCUUGUGGCCAAAAACUUUUUCCCCCCAUAUUUUUCAAUUCUUCUUGCACAAAGAGUGUUUUUGUCUGUGUACCUUUGUAUGUAGUUUUACAUGAAAGAAUUGUCCAAAGCUUACAUUCUAAUCAUCUCAUUUUAAGUGCAGUUUUCUAAUUGAAGUGAAGCGCACACAGCCUUAACCAUAUACCAAUGAACUAUUGUGACACCUCCUGAUAUGCACUGUUUUUAAUAAUGGGGGGCAAUGUUAUUCCUUUUUAAUAUUUGAGUCAUGUGAAUAAUGUACCAUUUUACAUUCAUUUAAAUAUAUAUUCAAUUAUAUUCAGGUGCCAAACUAGCUUCACAGCGAUAGCAUGGGCCUACAUUUUUAAAAAUGAUUCUCUGCCCAUGUGUUUGUUUUCGACAUUUGCAUUGAAAAUCAUUUAAAAAUGUAUUCCAGCUCAUGCAAGCUGUAGCGAGACAAUUUACACACUUGGAUUUGAAGGUGGUCUCCUUGGUUUUUUAAUCAUUUUGUGCCUGUUUUCUUUUUUUUUUUAAUGUAUUGAUUGUAAUAACGUCUGUGGGUGUUUCCACAGUCUUAAACAAAAUAUCCAAAGCUUAAACUGUGUGUAUGUUCUUGUGUACAGUUGUAUUCAUAAUGACAAUCAUCAUACUAAAAGCUGCCUAUGCAGAACCUUCAUGCUUGCAGGUGUAAAGCGCAUAAUUUUAAUGUUCUGUAACCCCCAUCAAGCACAAUAAGGUAUACAGUAAGAGUUACUGAUAUGCUAAUAUAGCUUGCUUUGAUGAGGAAAGCACUAGUUUAAAAAUGUUUUUGUGAUAUUAUAUUUCACUGAAGGAAUUGGAGUACAAUAAAAGUGCCAGGUGAUUGUAAAGAGAAAACUGUUGAGUAUAAAACUGUAAAAACACGUAAAACAUAAGACUGAAUCACAAUGUUUAACAUUUGAUAUGGACCUAUUUGAUAGAGAAAAAAAAAAGGAUUAUAUUUUGUAAUAUUAGCAAGACUAAUGUUGAUUUUUUUUAAAAAGGAUACUUCUCAUUGAGCCAGUACAGCACAAGUGCAUUUGACAUUUCUUGAAUGUAAUAAAUAUUAAUAGUUUUUCCCCUUUUGUGUAAAUAUCAGAUACAAAGUGUUCCAAUAAAGUCGGACGAGUCUAAAGUAGAAGCAAUUUGUUUUUGUUUUUUUGUUGUGUAUCGUUAUCUGUCAUGUUGUGUAAAACUACACAAUGUUAUAGUCAUCAUUAUAUCUUCUGUUUUAUUACCAUGUAAAACUCCUUCUGUAGGGAAUUAUGAUACACUUAUCCUUAAUAGCUAUAUAUUUUUGUUAAUGUGUUUGUUGUUAUUAUUUUAUAGUCUUUUAAGAUAUCUUUGGGAAGGUUUUAAUACUGUCUUAUUUUAUUUUAUGUGUUGAUAGUUGUCAUGUACAUGUUUCAUUUUGAGUCUUUGUGCCUCUUUAAAAAUGUCUAUUCAUGCUAUUUUUGUAUCCCUAAAAGAAGCAAUAAAUAAUAACCAUAUACAACAUGA